AUGGCCCCCGCAGAACCCAACGCACUGCCUUUCAGGCCAAAGGGGGAGACACCUCACUUUGCUGAGGAGAAGGAGGGUUGGAAGGGAUAUGUCGAAUGGGAGGAAUUCCCCGAGAAGAAGAAGCAAGCUCAGGAAGUCCUAAAGAGAUAUGAUUUUCCCGAACCCCCCGAGUUCCAACUCACCCCCCUCCCAACCACCAACCCCGUCCUCACGGGCGAACGCUGGAAGCAAUACCACUCCGCCUUGGGCCUAUCCCACAUCUUCCACCACAGCUGGGAAACCGUCCUCCAAGAAAAAUCUCCAGACAUGACCCACAUCCUGCAGUUCCCCUACAACGGCGAACCCCCCGGCGACCGCCUCAUCAAAACAGAACUCACAAACAACAAAGACCACUUUGUCCGCAACCACGGCGGCAUCCCUGACAUCGAUCCCGCUAAAUGGACUCUUGACAUUGGCGGUUUGGUUAAGAACCCGAGAAAACUCACUUUGGCGCAGCUUCAGGAUGAGAGGACUUUUCCUAGGCAAUCUAAUAUUGUCACGCUUCAAUGCAGCGGUACUCGUCGGAUAGAGCAGAUACACGAGUACCCUGGCGACGGCGACGAACUGAUUAACGCGCCGUGGGGGGAGGGCGCUAUCUCCACUGCGAGAUGGACGGGGGUUUCGCUUAAGAGGGUUAUCAAGUAUUGUGGUGGUCUUGUUGAUGAUAAGGGGGCGGAUAAUAUCGAGUUUUAUGGUGCGGACACGUACUUUAAGAAGGGGGGGGUGCACAAUUAUGUUGUUAGUGUGCCGUGGAGGAAGGUCAAGGCGCAUGAGGUGCUGCUGGCGUGGGAUAUGAACGGGGAGCAGCUGCCGAGGAUUCAUGGGUUCCCGGUGAGGGUGGUGGUGUUUGGUUAUAUUGGGGCGAGGAGCGUCAAGUGGCUGUAUAAAGUCAGGGCUAUUCACCGGCCGAGCAUGGCGCCGGUGCAGCGUAAGGAGUAUUUGUAUUAUGCGCCGCAGAUUGGGAAGCAGAAUGCGAGGUACAGUAAUGGGUUUUCCAUUCAGGAUAUGCCAGUUAGCUCGGCGAUUAUUACACCGAAAAAGAUGGAUCACAUUGUGCAUGAGGGGAGGGUUAGGCUGGCGGGGUGGGCUUACUCUGGGGGAGGGCACUGGCCGGUGAGGGUGGAAGUUAGUGGAGAUGGGGGGAGUAUUUGGUAUGAGGUCCCGGCGGAGAAUAUGUCUACCAAGUACUUUUACGCCUGGAGGACAUGGUGGGUUGAUUUGCCGGUUGAUGCGGAGGGGUGGUUGGAGAUGUGCGUGAGGUGCUGGGAUAAUGCGAUGAAUACGCAGCCUACUUUUGUUAGGAGUGCUUGGAACUGGGACUUGCACGUCACUUCCUCUGCUCACCGCGUCAAAAUCUACAGUAUCAACAAGUCGAGGCCGAACACUGCUGCGAGGCUCAAGCAGUUGGAGGAGAACAAUACCCCCAUCGUGCCGAUCACGAGACCGAUUCACUUUGAUUUGGAGACUGAUGAGGAGUAUGCGAAGGCCAUGGAGUUGAGGGCUUGGAGGGAUCCGUUGGAGUAGAUGCCUGGGGAUUUUGCCCAUCAGGUUGUUCUAGGUGGGUCAGGGGGUUCAGGGGUACUCAGUGGUAAUGUGCCAAGACUUUCUAAUUUCCAUGCUGCACAAAUGUUGAGUCUUAUCCAGAUUACCGGCGCUUCAUCUUUGCGAUUUCAUGUACCCC